AUGGAUAGGGAUGGAUCUUCGCAACCGGACAUCUAUUCUGUCAUUCGCAGCGGCCUCCUGGAAAUUGCUUCCUCCCAACAGCCAAGGAUUUCAGUUACUUCACCAGCAGCUUCAGCAGAAUCAUCGAGAAUUCGAAUCAAAGCUGAAUUUCGAGGUGAAAAAUUCUGUAUCGAAAUGAGCCGGCCGGUGCGAUUCAGUGACCUGGAGAAUCAUAUGAAUUCAAGGUAUAAUCUGAGGCUGAACAUUUACUACACGUUACGUAAUAAUGAACUAGUGGUGCCGGUUCGAAAUCAGCUGGACCUUGAUCGAGUGAUUGAGCUUUUCGACCGUGCUUCAACGCAGCGAAGCUUGCGUCUUCUGCUGUCAAGACAUCAGCCGGAUUCUGGAUUACCUUGCACUGCCGAUAGCUCACUGAUUCCAGAUGCCUCUGGAACAUUCACGGCCAUUCAUUCAAGAAUCCUGGAGGUAACAGAAUUUCGAAGUUUCAAUCGUUAGUGCCGUACUCGGAGAGCCGUUCAUCUUGUGCUAGUACGAGUACUAAUGCUACUGGUGGCCGCUGGCAUGGCGGUGGCAGCAGUGCAAGCAGUGGUGUGGUACUUGCGGACUGUGAUGAAAGCGGUGCCCGUAGUGGAAGCACGCCGCACGUACCCGCAAUUUGGCGUCAAGGGCAAUGCAUCGGCUCUGGAGCGUUUGGAACAGUCUAUCUAUGCUUAG